AUGUUUCUUAUCGUUCUCGCUAGUUUUUGCUUGCAGUUUACUUAUGCAGGUGCAGAAAUUAAACCCGGUGAACCUCCUUUGGUGAUAGUCUCCUUAGAUGGAAUGGAUUGGCGUGUUCUCAAAAAUCACCGAUUUACUCCAAACCUUGACUUCAUCGCACGAACCGGGGUAACUGCCGACUACAUCAAGAACGUCGUGCCCUCUAGCACUUGGCCAAAUCAUCACAGCCUUUUAACAGGUCUUUAUUCCGAAAACCACGGCAUCGUGGCGAACAAGUUCUGGGAUCCCGUCUACGAAGAAAUUUUCAUCUUCGGCUUCGACUGCUCAAACUUUGAUCCCAAGUUCUACAACAACUCGGAACCGUUAUGGCUGACUGUCCAGAAGCAAGGGGGGCGAAGCGCGUCAUAUUUUUGGCCUGCAACAACGAGUUACGCCGAAAAGCCUACUUACCACGCAAAGGAAACAUGCUUGAUAGAUUGCGGUGCCAUCAAUUCCAAGGAUCUCCCAAAAUAUAGAAAUCGGACUUUUCCUGGGUUUCCACCUUACAUACAUUGUGCCUUUAACCUAAGAGGUCCCUGGGCUGACCGAGUGAAUAACGUAACGCAUUGGCUUCUCUCUGAUGCACCGCCUCAUUUUGUCGCUUUGUACUUUGAAGAACCCGAUACCACGGGGCACGAACACGGGCCUUCCUCCCAACAGUACCUGGAUGCAGUGGAAAACGCGGAUAAAAAUGCCGUGGGGUUUUUACUGAAGCGACUGAAUGAAUCUCAUCUUCUGGAAAAGGUAGGAGUCUUUCAGAGAAUCCCUUCUAAUAUCCUAGUGGCGUAUAUGGUUUAUAGCUUAUAGCUUUAAUUUCCCUGAAAUAACGGUCCUGUUUGUGUUUAGAGUGAUUUUGCUUAAGUGUAUGUAACAUUGCUUAGUAGUCUACUAUGUAUUUCGGGGGUUAAGUAAAACCAUUCUAUUAGUUAUACUACUACAUGAGAAAUUUCUGCAAUUUGGUGGCUUAGAGCAGUGGUAUUGCAGCUUAAUGUGAAAUACCUACUUGUGAAAAUUACAAACCUUUCGUGGGUAGUAGUAUAAACAAAUAAUAGCAUGAUUUGUACGUGAUAGAGCGGUUUUCACUUGACUGUCGUAAAACCAAAACCAAAGUAAAUACACUAGCCAACCAAAGGGCGUAGUAAAACCAAAACCAAAACCAAAACCAAUCCCUUUCGACAGUCAAGUGAAAACCGCUCUGAGGUUAUUACAACAAUCUAUUAUUAUAUUAUACAUCUGAUUGCAAUAACAUCGUCAACAUAACAAGAUACAAAAGAUAAUUUUUAGAAGCUAAAUAGGAAUAAAUUAGGCAUGCUCCAGUGAAAUCCUCCGAACGCAAUCACAGGAAAAAAUAACGGAUUCCCAUUUUUGGAUAUUUUUGGGUAUUUAAAGAAUACCCAAAAAAAUCCCAAAUUUGGAAGAGUGAGACAAGUCCCUGUCUGGGAACUUGAUGGGAAUUCCCUGGUUGGGACUUGUCUCACUUUGCCAAAUUUGGGAUUUUUAUGGGUAUUCUUUAAAUACCCAAAAAUAUACAAAAAUGGAAUCCGCUAUUUUUUCCUGUGAAUAAUGAAGCGCAAAAUGUCUUUUGAAAUGUUUUAAGUGGCUAAUAAAAUUUCAUUCAACUUAACUGAUAUCCAAUUAAAGUAUUAUGCUGUACUUAGAUAUAGUGUUCUCUGGAUUAUCAAAAUAUCCAAAAUGUCAUUUGGAUGGCUGAUUAUCCUUCCAUUUAACCCUACAAGCAUACAAACUAAUAAGGUCAGAUCGUCAGUAUGCGAAACGGUUUUUUUUUUAUGGUCACGCUUUGUGGUCUCACUCACAGAAUAAAAUCUGGAAUCUUAGAACAGAUUUGGUCAAGUUUAAGACGCCGAGUCUAGCGUUUUACUAAUUGCCAUUCACUGAGAAACACCUUCAGCUUUUAGCUAGACUUUCAGUUAGAUUAAACUGUGCAAGCUUAGUUACUGACAUGUGCAAGGCAUGAAGCAUGUCGACAACAUCAAUAUUUGAACAGGAAAAAAGAAAACGAACAUGUUGCAAAUGAAUGCUAUUGCAUUGACGCCCUCAGCUUGCAUAAUGGAGCGUUUUUUGGUGCUACCGAAACCAUUGUUGGUUCGCUUUUGUUUUUUAAUGUGGUUAUUGUUCAGUUUCCUUUCAAUCUGUUGUAAAACGUCGUUUGGUGAUUGCACCGUAAGGCAAGAUUCACACGGUACGGUACCGGUCGAAAAUUUGUAUGUUUAGAUGUUCCGUUCACACGGAACCAGGCUAACCGUACGAAAAUUUGAACGUUAAAAUCGAGGUCAAAUUUUUGACCGGUACGGUAGUCGUAGCUUGAGAAAACAGCCGACAUUUGGCAACGCUACCACUGGUUUCCCCUCCAAAUGACGUCUGAAAAACGAGCGCAGAAAUUCCAUACUGAUGACGCAUCACUACCCAGAUCUGGGUAGUGCUUCUGAUUAGUCGUGCCGCGUGGGAAAUUUGAUUCGACCAACCAGAAGCACUACCCAGAUCUGGUUAGUCAUGCGUCAUCAGUAUGGAAUUUCUGCCCUCGUUUCUCGGACGUCAUUUGGCGGGGAAAACAGUGGUAGCGUGCCCAAAUGUGGGCUGUUUUCUCAGGAUACUACGGUCGAAAAUUUGAACGGCAACUUAAGGUAUGAACAACGUAAUCGGCUAAAGUUUUGUACGGCAAAGGCGUGGCUGCAUGGAUGCGUGGUUACGCAGCUGGAAAAAGAAGGAAAUACAGUAGAACCCUGGUAAUUCGAACUCUGUAGGGAAGCGAAAAACAGUUCGAGUUAGCGUGGGUUCGAGUUAUCAGAGUCGGUUGAAAUAUUCAGUUUGCCAUGUUAAAAAUUAAUAGUUACUGAUUUCUCAGCACUCCAAUGUAUGGUGCAGUGCAAAUUUACUUAUUUCAGUAGAAACGGAAACAUGAUUAGGUAUUUUUAUGAUAAAACGUGAUCUGUUCGUUUCAUCAAUUAAAAUCGAAUUGCCUUUAAUAGUGACUAGGGUUACUUUUAGUGAUUUUACCCUUAUACAACUAGACAAGCUAAUAGGAUGGCAUCCGAGUGGAGUUACAAGAACCGGAAUCCGAGUUAUCGGGGUAAAUUUCAGUGACUUUAAUCGUUAAUCAAGGGAAAGGAAUUUUAGCUCGGGUUAGCGGGGAAUUCGAGUUAUCCGAGUAAAAAUGACUGAAAAGUGCGGUGAAAUUCCAAGGAAAUUGGGCUUAGUUCGAGUUAGCGGGGAGUUCGAGUUAUCCGAGUUCGAGUUAUCCGGGUCCUACCGUAUUACGGCUCGACAGUCCCGUGUGAACAGCGCAAAAAUAUUGAACAGUUCCGUAUGAACAAAGUGUCCGGUCCAAUUUUUCAUCCAGUUGAAAAUUCGACCGGCAUCGUAGCCUAAUGCAGCACCAAGAAACUUUUAGUUGGCGCAAAAGAAUUUAGGCCGUAAAUAAGAACGGAGCUGGCCGCGAGGAAAGAGGACGCGCACGAAGAGAGAAAAAGCUACCUCUCACCUCGCGCAUGUCUAACAUGUCCUCCUCAACUUAAAAAGUAUGUUCAUUAUAUUUUUCAUGCGGCUAUCAUCAGUCGGUUUUAAGGCGCCAGGCUUCUUGUACUUUGGAUAUUGCCUUGAUUAGUCAAUGAAGUUUCGGUGUUAUCUGCUCUCUUUUUUGCUCUUUCUGACAGUAUUGGCUGUGAAGACUAAAUACUCAAGUAGUGGUAAUAGUGGUAGGGUAAUUAGAGACCUAAGGCCUGUUUCACGGGUUAAGUCGAACUUUUAAUGAUACGAACAAAGCUUACUGAGUUAAUAUAAGUUCAUGAAAAGUUCGACGUCUGGCUCAGUUAAGAUCUUCUGACUGAGUUUGAAUCGUCCAACACGUUCUAUCCGUCUGAAGAUGGUCUCCGGUCUGAUUCAGUUGAUUGGUUCGACGAGUCCUAAGUUCGACGUUUGACCUUGCCUGUUCCAGGCUCCGAGAUAGUGCUUUGCCAAGUCCCGCGCGUCUUAUUUUCGCUUUGCUCGUUUAAUACGUCCCUACUAUACUAAAACGGGAACGUCAGUUGACGAAGGCGCGCGCAAAUUAAACAACUGGCUUGACCAGUAGCAGAGCGGCAAAUUGGGCAAGGGAAGUCGCGUUUAGUCCUUUCCGCGCACUUUCCCGUCGUCAACUGACGUUCCCCUCGUGUUGCUAAAUCAGCCUACUAUCUGAGAGCCUGGCACAGGCUACGUCUGACCCAACAGACGAUCUUAACUUAAUUUAGGUCGACCCAAAUUAGAGUUUGGUUCGUCUCAUGAAAAGUUCGACGUUUGGCCUAGGCCUAAGAUAUACCGUUUCUGCCGACGGUGAACCCUUUAAACCGUAAGAUCAAAAUUUGAAUUCUCAUUUGUUGCCCCUAUUCAUUUCUUACAAAAGUAAUGGGGAGAAGUUGAUGAAAUAUCAAGAAAAUUCAUCUUGUGUGACCAUGUAAGUAAUUCUUAUGACCACUCUGUUUUACAAAGCAUUGAUAUUACAAGGAUCUACAAGGAGAAAUUUGAUGCUGAUCACUCUUAGGGCUUAAAUGGUUAAAGUAUGCAUACAUGACAUGUAAAAGGCAACCAUGAUUUCCCAUUUGUGGUUACAGCAUCAUCGUUCUUCCCAGUAGUCUAGCCAUUUAUGAUGAUUUAGCCCUAGGUAAGCCAGGCAACGAUCCAUAUAUAUAUAUCCCUACGGGUAAGGGUAAUUUAUUCGCAUCCGCGUGUGUAGAAACAACGUAUCAUUCAUAGGUGACUUUUUUUCGUACUUACGAUUAACCUGACAUGAGCCAAGCGAGGCACAGGGUCCAGAGGAGAUGUGUUUGUCCUUAGAACAUCAAAACCCGUCGAAAACCUGUGAGAAAUGGGUUAUUUUGAUCGCGUUACAGUUUUGUUACACAUUAUAUAGACCGCAAACCAAGAGACUGCCCUUCGGGCGACGUGCCGUGCGCCAGAGGGGAUAUGGCUUGCGGUUAUUGAUUUUCAAAAUGGCGAACAACAAAGUCGAUCUGGGUCAGAUAAGAAGCGAAGAAAUCGUUUACAGUAGAUUCGUAAAGAUCCCAUUGGGCUAAUUAAUCGUGCUAAGCGACAGGUAUAGACAUUUUUCAUGGUGAGUCUUUAAAUAAGUAAUUCAUUUAUUCACACCAAACUCCUCUUGACCCUGUGGCGAGGCGAACGUGGCAUUUCACCCGAAGCGCGAGAAGAGGGGAGGAUCGAAAUGCCGCUUUCGCCUCGCUUGGCCCAUGAAGAGCCUGUAAUGCAAGCUAACUUGCGAUCAGGGUCGCUGACGUGGUGUGGGAUUCUUUAAGCAUUGAAAUAUACAAGACGCACUUAUGCUAAGACCAAGCAAUUUUACAAUUUCUUUCUUAAUUACCGUUUACGGUUGUAACGUUCUUUUGCAGGUGAAUUUAAUAAUUGUCAGUGACCAUGGAAUGGACAGCACUUCAUCAAGCCGACAGGUGUAUUUGGAUGAUUACAUUGACUCGAGCAGUUACUUCUUGACUGAGUCGGGUCCCCUAGUUCACAUCUGGCCACACCCUGGAAUGAAAGAAGCCAUCUAUCAAAACCUGACGAAGAACCCCAUACCACACAUCCGCAGAAUUUUUAAAAAAGAAGACAUUCCCUCGGAAUAUCAUUGGAAAAACAACCGACGAAUCCCUCCGAUUUUUAUCGAUCCCGAAGUUGGUUGGGUCGUAACUCGCUCUAGAAACGAUACUCUUGCUAGCCUUGGGGAACAUGGAUGGCCCCCUGUGGAAUCGAAGAGCUACUCGGUUUUCUAUGCUCGUGGCCCCUCUUUUCGGGAGGGCACGAUCGUGGAGCCUUUCAAAACGGUCGAUCUCUAUCCCUUAAUGUGCCAAUUGCUUGGGAUAGAUCCUCAUGCCAAUAACGGCUCCCUCGAAAAUGUCAAAGCUGUUUUAAAAGAUCCAAGCCCAUCUGGAAUAGCUCAGUUUGCUCCAUUGCCAAAGCUUGGUUUGAUAAGUCUGUUGUUUGCAAUUCUUUUCACUUUCGCUUAA